AUGAAUAGUGUAAAUCAACAAAUUGAGCAAUCUCAACAACUAAACAAAAAUACACCAUAUAGUUGCUAUUCAAAUAGAUCAAUCAUUCGAGAGUUGCAAUUCUCGGUGAUAAUUGAUGAUCAUCGAAUACGUGGACAAUUUAUUGAUUCAUUACCAUUUGCGGUUAAAUUUUCAACCGAAAAUAUUGAUUUUAUUGUACAACCGGAUGUUGAUAAGAUGGAUAAUAUAGUUGUGUUACUAUAUGGCCGUGCUCAAUAUGAACUUUCGGAGUGGAAAUAUACGGCACAGCUUCGGAUUAAAACAGGAAGUGCCGAGAAGCAACAAGGUGUACGUGUAGUGGACAAAUUGCUUGUUGAAUUUGGUAAUCGAAUACCGCCACUGUCAUUAAAUGUGACGGAUACAAAAGUGAAACGAAUUAAAUUUGAAAUGCGAUUAAUAAAUAAGUUAUAUGAACAAUUACCAACGUUUCAAAGUGGUGGCGAUGUUAUAUUAUUAUUUGAAGAAAAUGAAAAAUUAUACGUUGAUAAAGCAUUAUUAGCUAUACAUUCUCGUUAUAUGGCAUCAAUGCUUCAUGAUGCUGCACCAAAUGCUAUCAUUGAUAUGUGCUUCUUUGAUCGAAAUGACUUCUUGGAAUUACUUUAUCAAAUUUAUGCUACUAAUCGACCAAUUUCCGCCAAUCUUUUUGCGCUUUCACGAGCAGCGAUAAGUUAUAAAGCUGAUAUAAUCCUUGCUAGAAUCACCAAAUUUAUAUCUAAUCUUGAUAUGGAUAUAAUAUCCAAAUUUCAAUUAUCAAUUCAAUUAGAAUUGGAUAAUACACUUAUCGAAUUAGUUUAUGAUGCCGAACAGAGAGGUAUAUGGAGAGAAUUGAUUGAAGAAGGAUUUGAACCAAAAUCGCUUGGUACUGAAAUUUAUCAUCGUAUUAUCUGUCCAGCAAUAAUUAAAGCACGACAGCAUCGUUUAGGUGCUAAUCCUUACAUUUCACAUUUACAAUUUAAUUUUCAUAUGCAACAAUAUCCAUAUACAGUACCAUUAUUAAUACCAGGUCAAACAUUAUAUGUAAAUAGAGGAAUAUUAUCAUUGUAUAAUAUUAAUAUUUAUGAUGAUUUAGAAGAUGGAUAUUUUUUACGAAUAACAUCAAAAUUGAUGACAUCUUGCACAAAUGCAGGGCCAUAUAUUAGGCCAAUGAUGUUAUUGGCCGAGGAACAUGGAAUGAAACGAUUGUUGAACAAUUUAUGCGAGAUGCUUGCACUUGAGCCAACAUUAUCACCAACAACAAUGCUUGAACAUUUUGAACUUGCAAAUCGUUAUCAUCAUUUAAAUUUAUUAAAUGCAAAUCUUAUACGCAUGGAAGGAAGUUUCAAACGAAAAGUUGGUGAAAUGGUUGCAUUAGAGAAAUUUGAUGAAUUACCAGAUGAAAUUCAACAACAAAUUUUGGAUCGAUUAUAUUCUGGAUGGGCAUUAAAUGAUCAACGUUUAGCAAAUGUACCAACUACAAAUAUGGAACGAACAAUAACAUUAAAUAGCGGUGGAUCAAAGCCAAAUGAAUAUGAAAACGAUCCAAAUUUGCUAACUUUUCAAGGUAUGAAAACAGCAGAUGCAUUUGGUUCUGUGGAAGAAAUAAAUAUUAUUGAUGCUUAA